AGCUUAGCAGGGCCGUUUCCGGGAGGCGGAGCUCAGACCCCAUUUCCUUUCUCCUCCGCGGGCUAGCGCUCGGGUGGCGUCGGGAAACGCUUGGUCCGGGGCCUCCCGCGCCGGGCCCCGCGCUGCGCCCCAGCCCGAGCGGCAACAUGGGCGGCGCCCGGGCCGUGGGCUGGGCGGCGGCGGGCCUGGUCCUCGGGGCCGGCGCCUGCUACUGCAUUUACAAGCUGACGCGGGGCCAGCGGCAAGGCGGCCGCGGGCUUCGGCUGCGCCCCUCGCGCUCCGCAGAAGACUUAACCAAUGGCUCGUAUGAUGAUGUCCUAAACGUUGACCAGCUCCAGAAACUCCUCUCCCUGCUUGAGUCAGUUGAUGAUCCUGUCAUUACAGAAAAAGCUUUGGUCACUCUGGGUAACAAUGCAGCCUUUUCAGCUAACCAAGUCAUUAUUCGUGAAUUGGGUGGUAUUCCAAUCAUUGGAAGCAAAAUCAACAAUCCCAAUCACAGUAUUAAAGAGAAAGCUUUAAAUGCAUUGAAUAACCUGAGUGUGAAUGUUGACAAUCAAGUCAAGAUAAAGGUUUACAUCAGUCAAGUCUGCAAGGAUGUCCUCUCUGGGCCCCUGGACUCUGCUGUGCAGCUGGCUGGGCUGAGAUUGUUGACCAACAUGACAGUUACCAAUGACCACCAGCACAUGCUUAGCAAGUACAUCACAGACCUGUUCCACGUGCUGCUUACAGGCAAUGGAAGUACCAAGGUUCAGGUUUUGAAACUGCUUGUGAAUUUGUCUGAAAAUCCAGCCAUGGCAGACGGGCUACUUGGUGCCCAAGUGGACUCCUCAUUUCUUUCCCUUUAUGAUGGCCACGUGGCAAAGGAGAUUCUUCUUCGAGUUCUUACACUCUCUCAGAAUAUAAAUAACUGCCUCAAAAAAGAAGGCUGUUUAGCUAUUCAGCCUACUUUCCCUAAAGGUGCCCUGUUUUUCCUGUUAUAUGGAGAAGAAUGUGCCCAGAAAAUGAGAGCUUUAGCUGAACACCAUGAUGUGGAUGUGAAGGAAAAGGUGACAGUCCUACCCAAGUUCUGAUUGGUCCCGGUUUUCAUCUUCCCUCUUAUUAAGGGAGCUGAAAUUCGUCCAGCUGCUGAAUCUAAACAGUAAAUAUCACAUUUCAUCAUUAACACAGCUAGACACUGCCAUGGUCUUCCGGUUUAUUUUGAACCAUUUUCUUGAUUUAAAUGAAUAGAAGAGCUUGUUCUAACACCAUUUCUUUUCAUUUUGCCGUUUGCUGAGUUUACUUCAAUUACUUCCUCAACGUGACAGGACAGUUGCCUUCUUUACAUGUAAGCUAACCUUGCACCCGUCUGAGACAACAUUCGUGUGUGACUGGCUAGUUGGUUCAGGGCUGCUGCAGGAACGGCCUUGUCCUCGUGCUAGUGAGUCGAGUCUUCGAGGCCACCGGCCAGGCCAGCCAUACCGCUCCCAGAGGUCUAAUCCUCGUCCUCCCCACUCCCAGCAGGUGUGCCAGCCUGUGAAGAUGCAGUGUGUUGGGGGCUGGGGUCGAUCGGAAUGUCCAUCCGUAGGCAACUGGUUAAAGCCGUUUAUCUAUCCCAUCUUAAAAACAAGGAAAUCUGAACAUGCUCAUGUGGAAAGGCAUCCAGAAAAUGUGGAUGUGUUUUUUACAUGAAAACUACGCUUCUAUCGAGAGAAUAGUUUCUAGAAUGAUACCCAGACUCCUGGGAGUGUGGGACUGAGGAAAGGACUUUUCUAUGUAUACCUUCUUCUAGCAUUGGAAUUUUUUAACCAUCAGCAUAAAUUUUAUAAUUUUUUAAAUAAAAAGGAAAAAACAAGGUUAUACA